AUGUUCUCGCUGCUGCCGAUGGAUAUCUACUUCGGAUCGCCGGAUAUUGUGGCCAUGCGCCACAUGGGGAGGCAGUGCGCACAGCCGCCCAAGGAGGCGGGCCGCCUAUUGCCAGAAUUCGUGCAAGUGGUGGACGCCACCAAGGACAUCCAGCAGAAGCUCGAUCUGGUGCUGCGCUACAUCAACGAUAUCCUCAACCGCAAGCGUCGCCCCGACAACACCGUGGGCCGUGCCCUGCACGAUGUUUUGACCUCGGUGCCGAUGGUGGAGGCGGAGCGCUUCCGUCACAUGCUCAACAACAAUAUGCGCGACGUCCUCAUGUCGAUGACACUCUCCUCGAUGAUCAAGACCCAGCUGCAGCUCAGCGAACGGCUAUCCAAUAUGGUGGAUGCUUAG